UUUGCACCAUGUCCUUUGCCGAGCUGCGUCGCCGCCAAGGCGCGUCCGGCGGGCUGCUCGACCCCAUCGUCGACGGCGCCAGCAGCAUCAUCGACGGCAUCCUCGGCGGCAAUGGCAACGGCAACGGCAAUGGCAACGGCGGCGCAGCCUCGAGCUCGUCGUCGUCGUCCCGCAUCCACCUCGAGCUCCUCCGCCGCGCCCACCUCGACGCGCAGCACGACGUCGCGUGCGCCCGAGCCUACGACCUUCUCUUCUACGUCGCAGAGCGCCGCCACGGUGGUCAACACCUUCACCUCCGACGGCUCCGUCUUCACUGUGACGCAGACCCAGACGCAGCCCGUCGUCGUUGAAGUGACGACGCUGCCGUCGUCGGACCAGGCCAACGCCUCAUCGGGCAGCAGCAGCAACAGCGGCCUGAUUGGCGGCGUCGUCGGCGGCGUCGUCGGCGGUCUGGCACUGCUGACGGCCCUCGUCGUGCUCGGCAUCCUGCUCAAGCGUCGCAAGGAGCGCACCGGGCACGCCUGGUUCCUCUGCUUCGGCCGGCGACCGCGCGGCGCGUCAGAGGACGGCGACUGGCCGACGUUCGACCCCAACUCGCCCGGCCUCGCCACCACAGCCGCCAGUGCUCGCGGCGGCGGCGCGCAGGGCGGCACGUUGCCCGCGGGCUUCGACGACGACCCGGAGGCGGGAGCCUACGGUGCCAGUUCGUCGGGCCACUAUGGCGAGAUGCGCGAGUACGGCGCCGCUGGCGCUGGCGCCACGGCCGCUGGCUACUACGGCGCACGCUCGCGGCAAGAGUCGCAUGGCGGCUUCUCGGCCGACGGCUACCCGCUCUCCAACGCCACGGGCCCCUCCAUGGGCGGACCCAGUGAGGAGGGCCACUUCUCCCUGCCCUCGCAGCACGCGCCGCACAUGUCGCAGAGCAGCGCGGGCGCCGCGUGGCCCAUGGGGGGCAUGGCGUUCGCGCCGCCCGUGCCGCAACCCGCGCCGGAAGCGCCGACGUACGACCAUCUCGAUCCCGUCGACGUGCAGCAGGCGCGCAUGCGCGAACAGCAUGCGGCCGGCGCGGCGCCGCCUUACACGCACGCUGCGUGAGGUCUCUGCCACUGCUUCCUUCUCAUCGUUCCACACCCGAGACAUCCUACUCGCGACCCCUUGCGCGCCGCUGUAGAAGCGAGCUGCCACCUACUCUGUGCGACUGUCUCUGCGGACCACCUGUAUCAUUGCCACACCUAUUCACCAUCACGCCGCAAGCCUGCACUGCGUCCUGACUGGUGAUGAGAUCUCUUUGCGCAGGCAGAAGGGCAGCG